AUGGAUGCCAACGUUAUGCUUCGCAGCGGGCGUUCUGGCAGUGCACUACAUCACGCAGCCCGUGGGGGCAGUCUGGAUAUCUGCAAGCUACUGCUCAAGAAAGGAGUGGACAUCAACUCCUUAGGAGGUGAGUAUGGAAGGGUGCCGUUGCAUGAUGCAGCAAGAAGUGGACACCCCGACAUAAUCGAUCUGUUUCUGCGCCAGGACAACAUAGAACCAAACAAGAAGACCGACAAAGAAGGCAUUGGCCGCACGGCGGCAAGAGCGGCAGCUGUCAUGGGGCAAAUUCAAGUAUUGCGUCUUAUGCAGGCCUCUGGAAAAGUGGACAUGAGCGGUGUUCUUCAAUCAGCCUGCACAAAGAUUUCUCGCUCCUUAGACACGAUCAAAUACCUACUGAAUAACGGCCAUGCCAGUCAGGCGGACGAGAGAUGUGUGUGGACCGUUUUGGGAACAGUGCAGGCCAAAGUUACCCAGGACUUCUUUGCCAAAGUGGGAUUAGCUAUGGACAUGCUAUUGUCCACGGGAAACCCGACGUUCAGCGACGUCAAUCGUCUUGCGACAGAGCUGGGGUAUGAGAUUGAGAUGAAACUACUGGCACAGGGCAGCGCGUCAUGGUAUAGAGAUAUGAAAAGGCGCUUGAGGGAGAAGCGAACGCCGUACUUUCUUUCAAUCAUGGAGUACCCGAAAUGGGGGAUCAAAGGCUCCGCUUGGUCUAAGUUCCUUGAGUUGAGAAAAAAGGUGGGAAUGGAAAUGGAAAUGGACACUGUACUUGAAGAGACCGUCAACAAGUUUGUUAGAAGAAUUGAGGACAACAGGAGCACGACAAUCAUUGAUGAUGAGCCCGAAGUGAAGGGCAAGGAAGUGAAGGGCGAGGAAGUGAAGGACAAAGGAAGUGGAGGGCAGGGAAGUGGAGGGCAGGGAAGGGGAGGGCAGGGAAGGGGAGGGCAGGGAAGUGGAGGGCAAGGGUAA